AUGACAAGCCGAGGCCCCCUAACCGCGUACCUGCUAUCAAGCACCCCCAAUGCGCUGAAGCGCGCAACAACCCACCCCUUCCUCGCCUCCGCCGGCCGCGGCACCCUCCCAAAAGCCCAACUAAGCCAAUGGCUCUCUCAAGACCGACUCUACGCGCAAUCCUACAUCCGAUUCAUCGGCCUCCUCCUCUCAAAGAUCCGCCUCCCAACCCCAAACCCCAAAUCCCCAGCCUCGCACCUCCCAACCUCAGAACAAAACGCCAUAACCGUCCUCAUCGAUGCCCUCGUCAACAUCCGCACAGAACUCGCCUUCUUCGAACAAACCGCAAACGACUACACCCUCGAUCUAACAGCAAUCUCCGCUGAAGAAGGCGGCUGCACCCUCACCUCCUACGGGCUAGGCUCAGACAUCACCGUCUCAGCCGGAAUCACCUCCACCGGCUCUGGAAGCUGUCCCGGUUACGCGGGCGGCGAAGGGGGCGCGUCUGCUAUGUCCACAGACGCGACGAGCAGCGCGCCCGGUCACGGCCUGUGUCUGAGUCAGGGAGAGUGCCAGAUGCCGUCUGGGGGCGAGGUUUGUGCGCCUGGACCGCAGUUCAAUGAGUCUGGACGCGGCUCGGAGCCUGCGGCUGUUGGUGGGGAUGCUCGGGGGAAUGUUGGUGUGCAGGGGGUGGAGAGCAGCGUGGGACUAGUUUCUUCUUGGGGUUUCUGUUUUGGAGGGGUUGGCAGUGUUGUGGGCUACGGAGGUUUGUUAUUUGAGAUCUUGGAGGUUUGCGGCGGGGUUGCUGAGUUUGAGGGGUUUGUUGAUCGGAUUGGGGAUGUUGUUGAUGAGAUGGCGGGGCAGAUUAAGGGGGCGGAGGAGUUGGAGAUUAUGCAGGGAAGGUGUUUGGAGUGGUGGAGGCAGAUUGUUUGGUUGGAGGAGAACUUUUGGCCAACUGUUGCUGAAUGA